AUGCUCGCUAGUCGUACGUUUAACAAUCGAAAUUACAAUAGUAGUAAUCGAAAUUCAAACAGCAAUGAUCAGUAUAACAAUCGACCAUCCCACGAGAAUCAAUCAUUCAGUCAACAGCAGCAACCAACAAAAUAUCCAACACAUGGAAUAGCAAAUAUAAGUGAUGAUUGGGAUAUUGACGACAAACCAUCGAUCACAACAACACCACGAGAUAAUACAAGUGGAUGGCCAACAUUAUUUGAUUGGCAUUCAACCGCCGUCGAUCAACAACAAGCCGCUGCUCGUCAACUACAAUCUCAGUCAGAAUCUUCAUCGUUUCGUUCGCCAAAUCAAACAAAUUCUAAUUUUUCAUCGUCGAUGAGAUCAUCAUCCUAUCCUUGCCAAUUGCAAUGUCAGAUUGAUGUUAGUGGUGUAUCACGUUUAAUUGGAAAGGGUGGUUCAAAUAUAAAACAAGUUGAGCAAGAUAAUCAAUGUAAAAUUCAAAUAUCAAGCGAGAGACAAUCGGCAUGGGUCGAUGUUACACUAAAUGGAAGUACAAAUCAAAAUAUUUAUAAUGCAUUCGAACAAAUAAAAGCAAAUAUUUCAAGUUUUCGUGAAAAAAAUUCAGAUAGUAGUCAUCAACAAGAACUACCAGAAUCAAAAAGUCGAAAUGAUUUGUCGGGAUCAAGAAGAGAAGACGCGUUUAAUUCGGGUUUACCAUCAUCAUUUAAUCGUCGUCCAUUUGAAAAUGAUUCUCAUUCGUCUCGGGCACCUUCAUCAAAUGGAUUUUCAUUCGGUAGUAAUCGUGUUAGUGGUAAUUCAUCAUCGAAUGGUUUUGAUCAAAAUACUAAACAGCAGUCAUCUUCAUCAACUUAUGGUAGUCAACAAAGAGCUCAGACACGUUCAUCAAAUGGUUAUUCGAAAAAAGCGUCGGCCCUUCCGGCUGGCGAUGAAGAUAAUUCGGAUGAAGAGGAGCAACGCGGUUCUGGAUUUUCAUCAGCUCCUAGAAAUCCUUCAGUUUCAUCGCGUCCCGCUCAUAUGAAUAAAUACAAUAUAACAUCAAAUUUUACAUCGUCAGCAUCAUCUGGACCAAAAGUUGAUUGGUUAGCUAUGCGAAGAAUGGAUACGCAUAAUGAUAUGACAAAAUGGAAAGAUUUUCCACCAGUUAUCAAAGAUUUUUACCAAGAAUUAGAUUAUAUUCGUGAGAUGCCUGUUGAUCAAAUAGAAGAAUUGAAAGCAAUGAAAAAUAAUAUUGUUGUUAAUUGGUUUGAUCAAUCAAUGAAAGAAGAUUUUGAACAAAAAAAUAAUGUCAAAUUAUCGAUACCUAAUCCCAUUUGGAAAUUUGAACAAGCCUUCCAUAAUUUUCCAGAUAUUUUAAAUGAAAUAACAAAACAAAAUUUUACAGAACCAUCACCAAUUCAAUGCCAAUCGUGGCCAAUUGCAUUGAAAGGACAAGAUUUUAUAGGAAUUGCACAGACUGGUACCGGUAAAACGUUAGCAUUUCUUUUGCCAUUAUUAAUUCAUAUUGAUAAUCAGCCAAGAGCAAAAGUCGAAUUUCAUGGUCCGAAAGGAUUAAUCUUAUCGCCAACACGUGAAUUAGCCAUUCAAAUUCAUCAGGAAGUUGUUAAAUACAGUUAUCGAGGAAUAAGAAGUACCGUUAUUUAUGGUGGUAGUAGUCGUAAAAAUCAAAUAGCUGUUUGUGCUGAAGGAGUUGAAAUAAUAAUUGCUACACCUGGUCGCUUAAAUGAUUUAAUUAUGGAUAAUGUUAUUGAUGUUCGAUCAGUCACAUUUUUGGUACUUGAUGAAGCCGAUCGUAUGUUGGAUAUGGGCUUUGAACCACAAAUAGUCAAAAUUCUAAUCGAUAUAAGACCAGAUAGACAAACAAUAAUGACCAGUGCUACGUGGCCAGAAGAUAUUCGACGAAUCGCAUCACGUUAUAUGAAAAAUCCAAUUCAGAUUUUUAUUGGUUCACUUGAUUUAGCUGCUGUACAUAGUGUUCGUCAAGAUAUUGAAAUUGUUAAAGAUGAAGAAAAAUUUGAUAUGCUAUUAGAUUUUAUUGGUCGUAUGGAUGCUGAUGAUAAAGCAAUUGUAUUUGUAGAUAGAAAAGCAUCUGCUGAUUCAGUAUCGAGUGAGUUAAUUCGAAAACAUGUUCCAUGUCAAAGUAUUCAUGGUGACCGCGAACAAUGUGAUCGUGAACAAGCAAUUGAAGACCUAAAAGACGGAACUGUUCGAAUUCUAAUUGCAACUGAUGUAGCAUCACGUGGUCUCGAUAUUCAAGACAUCACGUGUGUGAAUCAUAGUUAUUCUAUGAAACAAACAGUAUACGAUGUCAUUUUGUUUUUCUAUUUCUAUAGAGUUGUAUUUAAUUAUGAUUUACCAAAAUCUAUGGAAGAUUAUGUUCAUCGUGUUGGUCGUACUGGACGAGCAGGAAAAACUGGUUAUGCUUUAACAUUAGUUACAAGAGAAGAUUGGAGAAAUGCUGAAAAAUUAAUUAAAAUAUUAGAAGAAGCCAGACAGGAAGUGCCACAUGGACUGAGAGAAAUGGCUGAACGAUUUCGUGAUGCUCAAGAGAAAAAACGCGAAGAGGGACGAUUUGGUGGUGGCAGUGGUGGUUCCAAUUAUAGAGGAGGGAACAGUGGUGGUGGUUCAUUUUUUGGUCUUGGUUCAUUUGGCGGACGUGGAAAAGGCAAAGUUCGUGCACCUGUUAUGAAUAGCGGUUGGUCAUUUAAUGGUUAA